CUGGCGGACAAUGCGGGCGGCGGGGCGGCGCUGAGCGGCGGGAAACGCGGCCGGGGGCGGGGCGGCAGCCAUGGACAAUCAGUGCACCGUCCAGGUCAAGUUAGAGCUGGGACACCGUGCCCAACUGCGCAAGAAGCCCACUACGGAGGGAUUUACCCAUGACUGGAUGGUGUUCGUCCGUGGCCCUGAACAAUGUGAUAUUCAGCACUUCGUGGAGAAAGUGAUCUUCUGGCUGCAUGAUAGCUUCCCCAAGCCCAGGCGUGUGUGCAAGGAGCCCCCCUACAAAGUGGAGGAGUCGGGCUAUGCAGGCUUCAUCAUGCCCAUCGAAGUCCACUUCAAGAACAAGGAGGAGCCCCGGAAGGUGUGCUUCACCUACGACCUGUUCCUGAACCUGGAGGGCAACCCACCCGUGAACCACCUGCGCUGCGAGAAGCUCACCUUCAACAACCCCACCACCGAGUUCCGCUACAAGUUGCUCAUGGCCGGUGGGGUGAUGGUAAUGCCCGAAGGAGCAGACACGGUGUCCAGGCCCAGCCCCGACUACCCUAUGUUACCCACAAUUCCACUCUCUGCCUUCUCUGACCCCAAGAAGACCAAACCAUCCCACGGCUCCAAGGAUGCCAACAAGGAAAGCAGCAAGUCCUCCAAGCCACACAAGGUGACCAAGGAGCACCGUGAGCGCCCCCGCAAGGACUCAGAGAGCAAGAGCUCCUCUAAGGAGCUGGAACGGGAGCAGGCCAAGAGCUCCAAGGACACUGCUCGCAAGCUGGGCGAGGGCCGGCCGCCCAAGGAGGAGAAGGCCCCACCACCCAAGGCUGCAUUCAAAGAGCCCAAGAUGGCCCUGAAGGAAACCAGGCUGGAUAGCAUGUCCCCCAAGGGGGCGCCCCAGCCCUCCACCCUGCCCAAGGCUUCCAGCAAGCGGCCAGCUGCCACGGACUCACCGAAGCCAAGCGCCAAAAAGCAAAAGAAGAGCAGCUCGAAGGGGUCACGGGGUGCUCCUGGCACCUCGCCCCGCACCUCAUCCUUCCCCGAAAAGAAGCCAGCCAAGGACAAAAGCAGUGGCAAAGGGGAGAAGGUGAAGGCCGAGAGUGAGCCGCGAGAGACCAAGAAGGCCCUGGAGGCUGAGGACUCCAACUCAGAGGAUGAGGCCUCCUUCAAGUCUGAGUCUGCCCAGUCCAGCCCGUCCAACUGCAGCUCCAGCUCUGACUCCAGCUCUGACUCGGAUUUUGAGCCUUCGCAGAACCACAGCCAAGGCCCCCUGCGCUCCAUGGUGGAGGACCUGCAGUCGGAAGAGUCGGAUGAGGAUGACUCGUCGUCGGGAGAGGAGGCCCCCCUCAAGGCCAAUCCAGGCCGGGAGUCCAGGCUGAGCUUCAGCGACAGUGAAAGUGACAACAGUGCUGACUCCUGCCUACCAGGUCGUGAGCCUCCACCUCCCCAGAAGCCCCCCCCUCCCAACAGCAAGGUGUCUGGCCGGAGGAGCCCUGAGCCCUGCGGGAAACCCGACAAGAUGCUGAAGAAGGGUGCCUAUGACAAGGCUUACACGGAUGAGUUGGUGGAGCUACACCGGAGGCUGAUGGCACUGCGGGAGCGCAAUGUGCUGCAGCAGAUUGUCAACCUGAUUGAGGAGACCGGCCACUUCAAUGUCACCAACACCACCUUUGACUUUGACCUCUUCUCCCUGGACGAGAGCACUGUGCGCAAGCUGCAGAGCUACUUGGAGGCUGUGGCCACAUGACCGUGCGCUGGUGCCCGCCGGGGAGGCCGCAUCUCCGCUCUGUCCACAGCACCCACCCCGGCCUCAGCCCACUGCACUUUCCAGGGCUGGGAGUGCAGGCAGGGGUCCAGGGUGGAGGGUCAGCCACGCUCUGCUGGAGGGCUCUCAGGGCCCCUCGCCACCUCACUCCAGUCCUGCACCCUGUUUGGGGCUGUGUGGCAUGGGGCCAAUGCCUGGAUCUCUCUGAGCAGCCUAGACCUUAGGAGGCUUCAGCUGGGUGUCCACGCCCACAUGUGGACACAGCUGCCGUCCUCUGGGCUUACCGUCUGUGUCCUGGAGGCCCCUGGCCAGGCUGCCCUGCUGUACAGCUCCGUGUGUUGUAUGUAUGUAUGCACUGGGUGUGGUCCUUCACGGCCUGUGCUCAGGGGUUAAGAUGUCUCCACGCUCUUAUGGCUCAGAGGGUAUCUGAAUCCCAGAACCCAGCCAUCUCCUGUGGGCCAAGUCCAGUCCUCGGGUUGCUCUCCUCAGUCAGCACCAACACUUCCAGAGCUGCACCAUUGCCCCUGGCUGCCACCUCCCAUGGAACCUUCCUCUCCUUUUCUUGAUCAACUCUUUGAACUUUGGAAAAAAUGAGCUUUUGCCAAAUACAAUGGGAUGGUUUGUGCUCAGAGGACAUGGUGCCCAAGAUGUGUGUGGCCUGGCCCCACCCUGCCCCAGGCUGCCUUCUCUUCUUGGCCAUGGCCUUCGCCUCCACUCUGGGUCCUGACUGCCCAGGGCAGGGUUCGCCCUCCUCCACUCAGCCCACCUUCCAGGCCUGAGGCCCAGUGUGCCCACCGUGGGCCCCACCAGCCCUGCCCCACCCUACUCUGUUGUCUUGUGCUCGUGCCCUGACCAAGGUGUGAGAGAGGACCGCUGUGACCACCUUUCUCUGUCGCUUGCUCCCAGUAUGUGAGUUCACACUUGGGAGGCCUGGCCUUUCUUCUCCAGGUCCCUCACCCCAUCCCUGCUCCAGUCCGUCUGUCCAAAAGACCCUGAACCCUCUCGGGGGACCCCUGUCUCCAAGUCUUUCCCUCAGUCCCUUGGAAAGGAGCAAGCCCAGCCCAUGGCUGUCAUCCUGCCAUUGCUCCUGGCUCACUGCCUCCAGCUGAGAGGAAGCAGGUGUCCCGUGCCCUUCGGUGGCCCUAUGCCCCUUCCCCAGGCAGGCCAACAAUACUCUACAGCUGCAGCCUCACCUCUGCAAACUCCAAGACACGGGACAGAAGCACCGGUGGCAUGCAGUCUCGGUGUCCUAAGCAGAGCCUCAGCCCCAGCCCAGGGGGCCCCGUCUUCCUUCCCGAGCAUCACCGGGAACACCCAGCCCACCUGCUUCCCUGGGCCAGUGUCCAGCCCUUCUAAGGGUUCCCAAGGUCUCAAAGCACCGACCAUAUCUCAGUUACCUCCACUGGCCGGAAGGUCAUGCUGUCCUCCAGAGCUGCUCUGGGUCCCAGACUGGCCAAGUGACCACCCAGUGGGUACAGGGCAGCAGAGCCUCAAGUGCUCUGGGGAUACUUGCAUAGGAAGGGGUGGCAUCGUGUGACAGCCCUCGUCUGUUGAGCCACCCCCUGAAAUCCCUCUGCUCCGUGGUCUCCCUCCGGGGGCAAAGGUAUGGGAUACCUGCCCCGCCCCCAGGGUUUUUACCUAGCAUGUGUCUCUAGGAAGGACACAUCCUUGGCCCCAGACCAAACCCUGGAUAAAAGGAAUAAGGAGAUUUGUGUUUGUAACCAAUUACAGGAUCACUUCUGUCCUGGAUUUUAAACCUUUUUUUGUUGUUUAAUUGUGAAAUUACGGAGGUGUUUUCUAGAAAAGUUGAAAUAAAGUUGGAUGGAAAGCAGA